GCACCCAAAGGGAUUGUGGAUCAUACGAGUCCUGAACAUAAUACCUACUAUCAAACUACUCUCUUAUAUUUGAAAAAAAUAUAAAACAAACUAAACUAAAAAUCAAUUUACAACUAGAUAUGCUGAUCUUUGUAAUAUUAUUUUGGGUACAUUGAUCUAUUUAAUUUCUGUCAGCGACAUGAGGUGUUUGCUUGAAAAAGAUUCUUCCAACUGGCCACUCACUCACUCUCUUUCUUGCACGGUUUUAACUCUUCUACUGUUGAAUUGAACACUAUAUAAACCUCUCACUCACAUCAACUUCUCAACUCACUCACAACUACCAUUCUUUUUCUCAUCUUUUCCUUGCUGUUCUAGUUCAUAUACCUGACACCUUUCUUUUUUCAUUAAUCUUUCAUUCAAAUGGCCACUGUUGAGGUUGAAACACAACAAGUACCAACAACUGUGACAGAAAAUGAAACAGUUGAGGUAACCAAGGUCGAGGAAACAACACCAGCCUCCGAGGUUCCUGUCUCAGAGGAAACAACACCAGCCACCACCGAACAAACAAACAAAGAAGCCGUCGAAGAAGCAGCAGCAGUUGAGAAAGAAGCGGAAACAGAAGUGCCAGUUGAAGUUGGGACUACACAAGAAACAGAGGAAGACAAACCAAAGGUCGAGAAUCCAGCACCCGAAAAAGUUGAGGAAGUGAAAGAGGAAGCAACAACUGAGGAAGCCACUAAGGAAACUACUGAAAAAGAAUCCAUAGAAGAAGCAGCACCAGUGGAGGAGAACAAACAAGUUGAAACUGCUGUGGAAGAAGCCACCACAGAAGCAUAGACAUUGCUCAAAAGGAGUCUAGGUACAGUCUACUUUUCCAAUGUCAAAGUUGAUGAGAACCUUGUCUAUUUUAUUUGUUUGGUUUCGCUUUUUUCAUUAAUCUUAUUGUGAAAGUAAGUCUUCGAUAUGAUUUUGGUCAUUAUGUAUUUCUCCUGGUUUGAAUAAAUUAUAUUUACUUUUAUUUAUAA